GGAGCAGGAAACAUCUGCACCGCCACCGCUCUCGCUCCCAAUCCACGCUCCUGUUUUUGUGUUUCGUUGAGGAGAGAGCUCGCAGAGGCUGAGGUUCAGCAGCCGGGAGCUGCUGGGUUGUUAUAUGAGAUAUUCAGGAAGUUAUUUGCAUGGAGGGGGAUAAAAGCCYGUGGCAGCAGCCGGGCGCGCUGCAGAGGCGACUCAGCCACGGUGGCCACCGGCCCAAGGAAUUACAGCCAGCCCAGCUUCACAAUGAGUUGUUUACUGGCCUUGGCUGCGAGUGGGAAGAGCCAAGGAGAGCGGAGGAAGAGGAGAGACAAACACAAUGCGAGCGAGACGCGUUAGGGGGAGGCUGGGCUUUAGCAGCAGCCCCGGGAUUUCAGCCCUACGGACGCAGAGAGGGCUGAAAAGGGAAUAAAAUGAACCAUCCGCCGCCUUGCUGCUGCUGCCAGAAGAGCCUGGUCCCUACCUGAAGGGCUGAUCUCGAAGGAUGAAAGGAUCCAUGAGGGAUCGGUAGGAAGGAGUCCGGCCGCCUCCCUGGAAUGCGUUCCCUCGGGAAGGGACGAGCUCCCUGCCCUGUUUUAUGGAUGUCCCUGAAAUAGACUUCGGAGGCCUCGGGAAGCCCAUCCCACACUUGGCAUGGGAAACCACAGCAACAACCAUACCUGCCUGACAGACGAUUCCUUCAAGUACAACCUGUACGGGGCCGUCUACAGCGUGGUCUUCAUCCUGGGCUUGAUCACAAACUGCGCCUCCCUCUUCGUUUUCCUCUUCCGGAUGAAGAUGAGGAGCGAGACGGCCAUUUUUAUGACCAACCUGGCGGUUUCAGACUUGCUUUUCGUGUUCACUUUGCCCUUUAAGAUUUUUUACAACUUCAACCGGCACUGGCCCUUCGGGGACAGCCUGUGCAAGAUCUCRGGCACGGCGUUCCUCACCAAUAUCUACGGGAGCAUGUUGUUCCUGACRUGCAUCAGCGUGGAUCGCUUCCUGGCCAUCGUGUACCCCUUUCGCUCGCGCACCAUCCGCACCCGGAGGAACUCGGCCAUUGUCUGUGCCGGCGUUUGGAUCCUGGUGCUCAGCGGCGGCAUUUCGGCCUCGCUGUUCUCCACCACCAACGUUUCCAACACCAGCACCACCUGUUUCGAAGGGUUCUCCAAAAGGAUCUGGAAAACSUACCUGUCCAAGAUCACCAUCUUUAUCGAGGUGGUGGGGUUCAUCAUCCCGCUGCUGCUCAACCUCACGUGCUCCUCGCUGGUGCUCCGGACUUUACGGAAGCCRGCCACCCUGUCCCAGAUCGGGACGAACAAGGAGAAAGUGCUGAAGAUGAUCAUCGUGCAUGUGGCCAUUUUCGUGGUGUGCUUUGUCCCCUACAACUCCAUCCUGUUCCUGUACGCGCUCGUGCGCUCSCAGGCCAUCGCCAACUGCGCCCUGGAGAGGUUUGCCAGGACCAUGUACCCCAUCACGUUGUGCAUCGCCACCCUCAACUGCUGCUUCGACCCCUUCAUCUACUACUUCACCUCYGAGUCCUUCCAGAAGUCCUUCAACAUCAAAACCCAGAUCAAAAUGGAUUCUCUCUUCAAGACGGAGAUGCCGCUCACAAAGACGGCGCUGCCGGCGCCGCAGGAUGAGAUCAGUGACCAGGCCAUCACCAACGGGGGUGAUCCCACCUCUGAAUCCCAUUUCUAGGGAGAUGUUUACACAGGGAGUUAUCCCCCAUUAACUCCUGACUAAGGCCACGUGGCAAAGAGCCCUUCCAGAAAACGGGGGGUUCACACACGAGGGGUUAAUGAAAAGCUGCUGAGGGGCGACUGAUCCUCACGCUGGGAUGGUCCCAUCACAUUCCACAGGUGAACACRAAAUGGAAAAAUCCCAAUGGAUCUCCCUUUGGAGAUUAUGGAUAGGCAACAACACAUGCAUCAACUGAGGAGGGARCAGAACAGCUUCUUUAAGCAGAAAAUGCCAACAUUUGGCAUUUCUCCCCCCUUCAGCAGUUGGCAUGGGACCAGUUGGGAAACAGAAAAUUCCGUUUUCUUAGAGAUUCCUGCCAAUAUUUCCUGCCUUCUGGAGAUGCAUCCUCAUCCUCRUAUGUUAACUCAGUAACUUCCCACAAUAUGUAUGUUUGCUUACAAAGGCAUAAUAAAAGCUUGUGGCUUUUCCUUACUCCGCUGCCAGAGUGUAGAGCCUGGUUUUCCUAGAGACUGGAAUUUCUGGAGAGGUUUGGAGUGUAAAUAAUUGUUUAGCAGUUAGGCAAAAGAGUUGCUUGGUGACAGAAAAGAUAAUAAGAAAAAGAGAUAAUUAAUACUACAAUUUUGAAGUAUGAAGUUUCCUUUUUAUCAGAUUGAGCUGUCGUUUAAUUUAUUUGAUCAUUUUUAAUGCCACGUCUGGGGAGGAGAGCUCAUCGAUGAUCUGUUGCACCUGGGCUUUUAUAUCCYGGGGGAUUGUGUGACUAUUUCUGGGAAGGGCUGGGUUGUAAAGUCAGCUGGAGAAGGGCCUGAAACCCCAGAGUUCUUCCAAGGGCAAAGCUGAAGGCCCAGGAGUGCUGAUCCCACUGAAAUAUGGACAAGUGGUGUCAGAGCCCCCAAUUAAGGGAUGAUCUGUGACUGCUUAAUGGUUUUUAGAGCCUCAAAAUAACUCGAAAACCAAUUUGCUGCACUCUUUUCUUAGCUGGUUACAGCAAUAUUGUCUUGUUUUCCAAUUAAUUUAUUGCCUUUCCUUUUAUGGAUUAUAGAAAUAUAUGGAAAAUUAAUUAUUGGUUAUGUGUUGCAUUUUACCACCUGGUUCCUUUCUCUAGUGCUUGGCUCAUGUUUGAAGCUCUGCAGCCCUUCCCAGGCUGGGUCUUAAGUGAAAGACACAGAAAUGAGGAGAACAAUUUAAUUUGAAAAAGGAUAAAGUUACAAGUUGUUAGCUCAGCAAUCUACAUUUCUACGGUAAAGCUACUUCUAGGACUACACUGCCAAAAAAAAAAAAAAAGACAGAUUAUUAAUUGAACAGAUGUUUUCCACUCAAGUCUCUUUUAAAUCUCUCUGAUGAAGCCUCAUGAGAUACGAGAGCAGCACCUCAAAUGUGAUCRUUUAAAGCAAAAGAGGUUUAAGUGUGAGAAGAAUUCAGCUGUAAAAUGUUAAUGCUUCCAAGGGAAUAUUUAUUUAGCACUGCAUUCACUUUGAAUAAAGAAGUCAGUGGCUUACCAAGGCUGGGAGACCCCAGAAAUUUUUCUAUUUCAGCCCUAAAAUGUCACUUAUUGGAGAAAAGCAGAUGAUCAACUCAGUAUACACAGAGACCUUGAGAGCAGCCAAAAUAUUCUGUUUGAGCUCUGAGUUACAGCAAUAUUUACUGGAAACUUGCACACAGGACUGGCCUGGGACGCUUUUCUGGAGACAAAACUCUGAGACAACAGCACUGUGGGGCAGAAAAAUGUGAAAACAAGGGGAGAUCACUGGAAAAAAUUGGUGGGAUGGGGUUGAGGUGGCAGCACAAGUGACAGGCAGUGACAGCAGCUGGGAAAGGUUUACCCCAAGCUCAAGGGAUGAACAAUAGGAUAGAACAAUAUUCGACAUUGCCAGGCAGUGCCUCAUCCUUUUUCCUGCCCAUGCCCCUUUCCAAACUCUUCAGAGGGAUUUUUAAAAUCCGUGUUUCAGAGCAGUUGUUCCCAUAACUUCAGAUCAAAAGGCAAAGUGAGRGAUUUGCCAGGCUUCCCUACAGGCACAGUUCUCCCUCUGGAGCAAAUCCUUCACCCUAUGGCAAAGAGGAGGGCUGGGGAGCCAUCAACAGCUUUGGCACAUCCCAAAUUGAGUGGGAAACAGGGAAUCCCUAUCCCAACACCCUGUCAGGAUCUGGCUGUUAAUAUUGUACUGAAUGGGACASAAACUGCAUUUUUAGAGAUGAGAGAGGGAAGGAAUAAGAGCAGGAAGAAUUCACUGAGAAACCUCAUUUUUAGGGGUGGGGAGAGAGAAGGAAUGAGGUGAGAAGGAUCCACUAAAAAACUGAGAGUGUGUUUAGARCCACAGAAUAUCCYGAGUUGGAAGUGACCCACAAGGAUCAYGGAAGGAGCAGCUCCUGGCCCUGCACAGGACAGCYCCAAGAAUCCCACCCUGUGCCUAAAAACACAUCCUUCUGCAAGAAAAAUGUCAGUAAAAUGAGAAAAUGCUCUUCUGUGAGGCAAACCCCUGAUUAAUUCAGAUUUACUAAGAAGUGAGAAGCCUGUUUGCACUCAGCUUGUUCUCAGUGGGCAACUGCCAGCUUGGAAAUCUUCUUUUAAAGCUGCUGCUUUCCACUUGCAAGCAAAAAGAAAUUCCAGAGUUUGUGGGGUUUGGGAGCUUUGUGGGACUGGGCUGUUCCCAUSUGUGGUGGCUGCAGAAUCUCUCAUUUCCAGAGUGCUGGGACACCUUCUGCUCUGGGUGUGCUCCACAGACCUUCCUCUGGUUAAAUCCCAGGGAAGGAGGAAAAAUCCAGGCUAGAAACCGCUGUCUGGGCUUCUGAAGGAAAUGUUAAAAGAAAAUAGGGAAAGAACUGCCUGGGCCUGGACCAGCUCCAGGCUCCACAUCCAUGGCCUGCCUGUAAUCCCAGCAUAAAGGGUGUCUUUUUGGGAGCCAAAGCAGUGCCAACGCUGACAAAUUUCUGUUUGCAGUUUUACGGGGCGAGAGCUGCGGUGGAUAUUCGCACAUAAAACGUAAUCCUGUCAUCCCRUGCCAAAAGGCCCAACUGAAAAGAUCCAUUAUUUUGUAAUUUAAGACCUCAUAAAUUAUAUGGAGAUCACGUGGUGAGUGACACUCACAUCUGCUGGGACAGGUCUCGACCGAUCUGGUUUUUUCUGGGUCAGGUACACUGAGUCCACAUGCCGUGGUUUGUGGAUAAAUAACCAAUUAUGCAUUCAGAGAGAGGAAAAGUCAUUUUUCAGGUGUCAGCAAAGCCAGGCUGGGAGGAGAAGGUGGCAGAAAUGUGGAUUUCCAGUUUUUCUGGCUGAGGGGUGGCUGAGUGUUCCUCCCUCCUGACAAAGGGCUGCUAUCAGCAAAGGCAGCGC